UCUGGGAGGAUCCGGGGGAGGAGCUGGAGACGCAGCCGGAAUCGCGCUCGCUCGUCCUCGCCGCCGGCCUCUGCUCAGCCCCGACUAGACGAGAGCGGAGCUUUUGCAGCCGCAGCGCGUAGGAGAAAUAAGUGGUGAAUUGCACUGCCUUUCAAAAGAAUUCCAAGUAAAUCCAGCCUUGCAUUGAUCAAGCAUCCGAACAGAUGGAUAAUGGAGACUGGGGAUAUAUAAUGACUGAUCCAGUCACUCUAAAUGUGGGUGGACACUUGUACACAACAUCUCUCACCACUCUCACAAGAUACCCUGAUUCGAUGCUGGGGGCCAUGUUCAGGGGUGACUUCCCUACAGCCAGAGACUCUCAGGGCAAUUACUUCAUUGACCGGGAUGGGCCGCUUUUCCGGUACGUUCUUAACUUUUUACGGACAUCAGAGCUGACUCUGCCUUUGGACUUCAAAGAGUUUGACCUCCUUCGGAAAGAAGCAGAUUUUUAUCAGAUUGAACCCUUAAUCCAAUGUCUUAAUGAACCCAAACCUUUGUAUCCCAUGGAUAUGUUUGAGGAGGUGGUGGAGCUGUCCAGCACACGCAAGCUGUCAAAAUACUCCAACCCAGUGGCGGUGAUCAUCACCCAACUGACCAUCACCACCAAGGUCCAUUCCUUGCUGGAAGGCAUUUCCAACCACUUUACAAAGUGGAACAAACAUAUGAUGGACACUAGAGACUGUCAGGUUUCGUUCACUUUUGGGCCAUGCGAUUACCACCAAGAAGUUUCCCUCCGAGUUCAUCUGAUGGAGUACAUCACCAAGCAGGGCUUCACCAUCCGGAAUACGAGGGUUCACCACAUGAGCGAACGAGCCAAUGAAAACACAGUCGAACACAACUGGACUUUCUGCAGACUGGCACGGAAAACAGAUGACUGAUUUCUUUACCUUGCCCUACCCCUCCCUUUCCCUGUUUAUUCUCCAGGAACUAGCAAUUUUUCAGAGUUGUGGGUACUGUUCAAUAGUUCCCUUCUGCUUGAACAAUUUUAAGAUGGAGGAAAGACUCUUCCUUCUGGAAGUUGAAGGCAACCGUUGCACUGGAUCCAGAUUCGUGCCUCUGUCUGGAUCCCCUCACCCCCCAGCAAUCCUUUUCACCCUGGGAAAGAUUGUCCCUGUAGUUGCAGGACCUGUGAAAUAAUAGCUAUUUGGGUCGAGAAGCUGCAGCUGGGAGGAGGAAGGGUUGAAAUCACUUCCUCUUUCGUCAGCUAUGCUUAUCAAAGAGGCAGGAUGGGGUAAUUUCGUCCCUUUUGCCCUCCUGACCCACAAAGUUCAUAUGGGUCAACCAACCCAGUGAAUAAACUUUCCCAGAAAUUGAAAGAAUUUCAGGGGAGACCGGAAAGCUUGAGGGCUGGCUGGCAUCAACACCUUCUGCUGACCUAUUAUGGGAUGCAAUCCAGUGUGCCAGUGGUGGGAGUCUGGCUUUAUCUUAAGCAAUGUUGGAGGCUUCCUUUUUCGUUAUGGAUAUUUAUUACGGAGUCUAGUGGACUGGAGAAUUGACACGUUCUGGCCUGUCUUGUUAUUUUUGUCAACGUAUGCAUGUGCCUGCUCAAAGCGUCAAGAAACUUUGUUACAAAGGAGGAAAUAUCGCAGAAUUAUUACAGUAGAAUGCCAUUUCUUUUGUGCUGUCCGCACAGUAGUGUAAAGUGCUAAAACAAAUUCACAUCCCGUUUUUAAAAAGUGUUUCAUUCAUCUCGUGCUUUAAAAACCACUCUGUGCAAGCUGUGUUGAAAUGAAUGGGAAUGGGGGAGGAGGCACUUCUGGACCAUUCCCAGAUUGUUAAAUGCUCAGUGGAGAGGAAGGAACUACCAUCAUGUAAACUAACCUAGUUUUCCUAAGGGAGUAAUCAAAUCAGUAUUAUAAUUUAGUGACCAACAAACCUCUGCCCCUGUUUUUUUUCCCCAAGUGCAGCGUUUUACAGUGACAACUGUUUUCCCCCCUAUGCAUUAUAAAUCAAGCAACCAAAUAUAAUCUGCAGCUACAAAAUAAUUAGAAGUAUUUAUAUUGGACAUUGAAUGCAAAAAAGAAAUAUCCCUCUCAUAGAACUGUUUAUUUUUUAAUGCCUGGUGCAAUAUUAUUCUCAAGUGUAAUGCUUGCCACCAAGAAGCUAAUAAAAUACAUGAAAUAUGGAAUAA